AUGCUACCACAAGAGAGUGGUGGCCAUGGUGUGACAAAGCCAAAAGAAGAUGACAAAGUUGGCGAUCCGAAAAAUGUGUCGACGAAGAAGCACAAAUGCGUUCAAUGUGAGUAUUCCACCGAUCGCAAAGACCAUUUCAAUAUACACUUGUUGAAACACACUGGCGAAAAGCCACACGGAUGCGAUUUCUGUUCGAAACGAUUCACAAGAAAACAACAUUUCCAUGCCCACAUGAAAGUGCACGUCGAAGAGUUUCUGUUCCAUUGCUCGGGCUGUUUGCAAGGAUUCGAUGGGAAAAACGAAGAGGAAGCACAUGAAGUCAAGUGCAAGACUCGUCGCUACGAAUGUCAUUUGUGCAAUGAAUCGUUUGGACCAAUAAAGG